AUGGCGAAGAACAAAUCUGUUGAACUCCUUAACAAUGAGCUGCUCGACUUCCAUAUUAUGGCUCAUGAAGAACCUAUUUUCACUGCGUGUGGCUUAUUUUCACUUGAUAACUCCCUAAUGUUUUCGAUUAUCUCUCAGAUAACUACAUACUUAGUGAUCAUCUUUCAAAUGGCUAAAGGUGGUGGAACAACUGUCGAAUUGGCCAUGAAUGGAAAACCAUCAUAA